AUGACGGACGACGAGGUGGUGGCGGAUGUGAGGAUCGUUUUGAUCGGGGAUUCGGGAUGCGGGAAGACGUCCCUGGUGAUGAGCCUUCUCGAAGACGAGUUCGUCGACCACGUCCCGAAACGCCUCGAUCGGUACUUCUUCUUAAUGUUCUUGAAAAACUUCACGCAUUCCGAAAUCCACAAGUUCUGAUUUUGUAGGAAACUACAAAAGCCAGUAAUCAUUCCAAAAUGGCCUUCCAACGGGGAAACUGAAUUAGUCAUUUCCAGUAAAUUAUUUUAAUUUUCGUUCCUUUGGUGGUUCAGAAAGAUGUGGAGGCGGUUCUGGAUUAUUUUGGUAUUGGGGGAGGCAGGGGUCCUUGAAGAUUAUCAAGGCAUUCUGAGAUCGUUCCUCACUUAGUACUAUGGGAGGCACUUUUAAAAUAAGAAAUAACCCCCCAUCAAAAAGGCGUUUCUGAAGCUUUUUGGAAUUUAUAGAGGAGCAAUUUAAGUUAUAGCUGUCUUUUCUCAGAGAAUCUCACUAUUAAGAAGCCCAAUAAAAGAGUAUAUUUCCAGCGUUCUGAUUCCGGCCGAUGUGACGCCGGAGAACGUGACCACCAGCAUUGUCGAUCUGUCAUUGAAGGAAAAUGAAGGUUCAUUUUUCUUCCAGCUCGACAGUCUUCAUCAUGAGUUUCAGAUGAAAACUGGUUGAUAUCUGAGAUCAAAGCUGCCAACGUGAUUUGCGUCGUCUAUUCUGUCACGGACGACGCGACCAUUGAUAGGAUCGAGAAGAGGUGAAAAUACUGUUGAUUGGAAGAAUAAUUAACGAAUUAUCCGAAAAAAAAACCAGUAAAUAGCCUCCAUUAGCACAAGCUGAUUCACGGUUGGACCUCAGUUAUCGAAAAAAGGGUCCUGACACGAUCAAAAUCAAGAGCGCUUUAACAAUGAUAGAGUGUAUCCCGCAAUGAACCCCGAAAAAGUGAACUUUUGGUUGAUGUUUUUGGUGCACCCCUGGGGCAACCGGUCGAAAAAAAGGUCUUUUCUGAGCUACCGUAACAACUUGGGAUGAAACUGUGGGAAAUGGUAAUGCUGGCUAAUGAACCAUGUCGAAUUCUUAUACGGAAUAAGUACCUUAAUAGAUAUUUAAAAAUUAACGGGUGCCCCCGGGUUACACUGCGGAGUGCACUGAGAGUUUUUUUUAGAGAGUACCUGGUAGGUGGAGAGCGCAGACAGACCACGCCCCUUUGCGUCUUAUAAGCUGACCCUGAAUAAUCUAUAUUUUUUAUAGUUCUCUACAUCCAUUUCAAAAAUUUUUUGAACUUUGUUAAUAUUUUUCAAAAAAAAAAACGUGAGAUUAAUCCAGGUGGCUGCCCUUGGUGCGACAGGCUUUCGGCGAUUGUCACGAUGUGCCAGUUCUCCUUGUCGGAAACAAAUCCGACGGUCCGGCCAAUCACACGGAUAAGGUUUGGAUUAUGUUCGAAUUUCAAAAUUUGGUCAUACAGUUCAUUUAGAUCAAAUUUGAAUGUAAUGUUCAAAAAAUGCGUAUACUUUCAAUCAGUAACUAUUAGCAAUAAAGCGAUGUCGCUGGCGGUACAUUGGCGACAUCGCGAAAGUGCCACGCCGGUUUUGCAUUCUCGUUAGCGCGAUCUUGCAUAUCGGAGUUUUUUGAUUUUUUUUUUUUGGGUGCUUGAGAAAUGCGAUAUCGCGCCGAGAAAUUACGAGGUUUUCGAUAUACCGCCAAGGUGUACAAAAGCGACAUCGCAAAAUGCCGCGCGUGUCUUGCAUUUUCCUUGACGCGACCAGAGCAAGUUUUUUUGAAAGCGUGAGAAAUGCGAUGUCGCGCCAAGAAAAUUGCGGCAUUAUCGAUGUAUCGCCACUUAGUAAAAUGGCGACAUCGCAAAAAUGCCACCCGGACCUUGCAUUUUUCUUGGCGUGACCAGAGCCAGUUUUUUUUUGUGCGUGAAAAAUGCGAUGUCGCGACAAGGAAGCGAGGUUUUCGAUGUAUCGCCAGAGAUCUCGCGCCGGGCUAGGCAUCUUCAAUGAUUGGUUUUAACCGUGAAGCUCUGAGACAUUUGACCAUAACACGAAUGGAAUAUUUAUUGAUUACAUAGUUAUAUCGUCACAGAUCCUGCCGAUAAUGGAGUCGAACACGGAGGUGGAGACGUGCGUCGAGUGCUCGGCGCGGACGAUGAAGAACGUCUCGGAGAUCUUCUACUACGCCCAGAAGGCGGUCGUCUACCCGACCCGACCCCUGUACGACGCCGACGAGAAGCAGCUCACCGAUAAGGCCCGCAAAGCCUUGAUUCGAGUAUUCAAGGUGUUUUUUUAGAUCCUUUCGAUUGAUUUGAAGGCUUUUCAUUCAAUUUCUUUGAUCGGGCAAAGUAGGAAUGGUGGAUAAUGGCCGCAAAAAGGAAGAGGCUAAAAAGGGCCUUAAAAUGGCAGCAAAAAGGGUCCCUUUAUCGAGCCUUCCAUUUUUCUAGAAUUCUAAGGCUUAAGAAAUGGUGGAAAAAAGGGAGAUGCAGCAAAAAUGGUGCAUAAGGGCUGAGAAAAUGAAGCAAAAACACAAGAAAAAGGAGCCUUUGUCACCCUAAAAGGAAAAUUUUUGGAGCCUUUUUCCACCUGUUUUGACUUUAAAAUCAGAUUUCAUGCCGUCUUCAAGGUGUUCAUCAUUAUUAUUUUUUUUUUUUUGCUGAAAAAUGGUCAUUUUUAUGCUUGAAAGUAAUAAUUUCGCUCUCAAAUUAAUUGAUCCGAGACUUUGAAUUAAACAAAUUUUAGCUGAAAAAGGUCGAGUUUAUACCGAAAUCCUAUCCCUUCUAAACGGCUGAAAACAGUCUUUUUUACUGCCUUUUUCUCUUUUUCUUGAAGUUUUGGAAUACUAGCAAUUCUCAAACUUUGAAAAACAGAAGCCUUUUGGCAAAUUUUCUGCAGCCGUUUCCUUUUUUAACACUUUCCUAUGCUUCCAAAAAGUUAUUUCCCGAAAAUCUAAACGAUCUCUGACUCUUUCAAAUUAUCGUCGUCUUUCUUACUCUCUGACGGUCAUUUCAUGGCAUGAAAUAACAAAUUUUGAGUCAAAAAUUUUUCCGAUUUGAGAUUUGCGACCGCGACAACGACGGCUACCUGAACGACACGGAGCUCAACGACUUCCAGAAGCUCUGCUUCGGAAUUCCGCUGACGUCGACGGCGUUGGAAGACGUGAAGCGGGCGGUCAGCGACGGAUGUCCCGACGGCGUCGUCGAUGACUCACUCAUGCUUCCUGGUAUGGAAAAAAAAUUCUUAACCUUUUUUAAGCGGGAAUAGUUGCUUCUAUACUCUGAAAAAUCAGAAGGAUUUUUAUUUUUAGGGAUCUUCUAAGCUCAAAGUUUUAUUUUACAGAGAUUUUUCAUAGCUUUUCGAUGGUUUCCUCCUUUUUUUUCUCUAAAUAACUAGACAUUUUUUCUCCCUAAAGAACUUUAUAACUGAAUCAUCGAAAAUAGGGUCCUGAAAUGAUGAAAAACAAGACAGUGUCUGGUUGGCGGAGGGCGCAGACAGGCCACGCCCCUCCACGUCCCUAGAUAGGCGUGAAUUGUACAUCUGAUAUAGCUGAUUCACGGCUAGCUUGAUCUAUCGGAGAAAGGGUCUUGACGCGAUAAGAAAUGAGACAGUGCCUGGUCGGUAGAGAGCGCAGACAGGCCACGCCCCUUUAAGUCCCAAGUUCGCCGGUUUUUCGAGUGUCUGCGUCUCUCUGUUCCCUCACCGGCGAGAUCAGGGAAACAUAAAAAUAGCACGUCAAAACGAGAGGGUCGCCGAGAGACGAGGAGGGCGCAGAGAAGUCCCGUCAUUUCAAGAAAGCUGAAGUGGGUCCUACAGGGAGAAAAAGGUCCCGAGAGACAAGGAGGGCGCAGAGAAAAACAGCAGUUUCAAGUAGCAAAAAAAAAGAAGUACAGUAUCCUAGCAGAUUUUAAUAAAUUUGUAGAGUUUUGAGGGAAAUUACCUCCCUUAUUGACUGACCUAUUUGACUGAUUUUUCAAUAUUCCAGGGUUCCUCUACCUCCACCUGUUGUUCAUCGAACGUGGCCGCCAUGAGACGACCUGGGCCGUCCUUAGGAAGUUUGGCUAUGAAACGAAUCUCAAACUCUCCGAAGAAUAUUUGUACCCUAGGCUUCAGGUUCGAGUCUUCUUCUGAUUUUCAAAAGAAAUAAGAAAAGUUUAGGUUCCUGUCGGCUGUUCAACGGAACUGUCGCCGGAAGGGGCUCAAUUCGUCUGCGCCUUGUUCGAAAAAUACGACGAGGACAAGGACGGAUGUCUGUCUCCGUCGGAACUCCAGAAUCUGUUCAGCGUUUGCCCCUCGCCAGUCAUCACCAAAGAUGUUCGUGUUGAUCUAAUGAGACAAAAAAGAUUCCUUGCUUGAAGCUUAGGAACUCCAGAGUGGUCCCUAUAGGGCUUAGAGGGAAAGAAGCCUCUAAAAGGGAGGAAAAGUGGUCAUUAUAGGGGUUUAGGGUCUGACCUCUUAGCACCUCAAGCUUAAGUGGUCCCUGUAGGGGUGAGGGUGAUUUUCUAGUGAUUUUGAGAGGGUUUGCAUCCAAAUUCUUACGGUAGAUCAAAAAGAAACUCGAAGAAUGCUCAAAUUUUUAUACUAGAUUGGUUCUGGAGACUUUUAAUGCGUAUUAUAAAGAAAUUAAAGGAGCUUUGAAACCUCUCGAACUAUAACAAACUACUCUGGGUAUUGAUCAGACGUCUAGAUUUUAACAACCCAUAGUGAUCAUUAUAGGGAUUAUGAGUAGUUAAGUCAUAAACAAAUUUUUUAAGAUUCUAAAACUUUAUUGUGCUAAAAAAAUUUUUUUCAGAAAAAAAGUCAAUUUUACUCAUGAAAAAAAGGUACAAUUCUCAUUGGAAAAGUUAUAAAAUACUCAAAAAAAAGUUUUUGUGUUGUUGUUGCAAAGUUGGAAAAAGCUCCCUUCCAUGAAAAAUUUCAAGAUUUUUUUUAGAAAUUUAUUUUAAAUGAAAAUUUAUGUUCUAGAAAUGAAAAAAAGUGAUUAUUUUUCUUUUUAUUUUUUUAGACGAUUUUGGCCCUUGAGACGAAUCCACGUGGUUGGCUCACUUACAACGGCUACAUGGCCUAUUGGAAGUUGGUUUUUCUUUUUUUUUUAAUCGAGGAAGCUCUAAAUUGAUGUUAAAGUGUGCUCCAUUGAUAAGAGGUUUUUUUUUAAUAAUCAGCGGAUUUUUUUUUAGCAUGACAACUCUUGUUAAUGUCACGCAAACGAUGGAACAAUUGGCUUACCUUGGCUUCCCGGUCGGAAGAAGUGGGCCAGGUAAAUCAAUUAAUUGAUGAUAAUUCAAUCAGGUAAAUUUUGCAGGAAGAGCCGGAAACUCGAUCGAUGCGAUCCGAGUGACGCGAGAGAGGAAAAAGGAUUUGGAGGAAAAAGGAACGGAUCGAAAAAUAUUCCAAUGUUUGGUGGUUGGGGCGAAGGAUGCGGGAAAGGUGAAUGAAAAAAAUCAAAAAAAAACCUUUGAUUACCGUUUUACGAAUCAUUUUCUAAAAGAAAAAUUGAGAAAAGUGUCUCGGAAUUCGAAAAAAGGUUAUUUUGAAAGAUUAGGCUUUGAGCGUUACUUUGAGGUCUUGAAACUAAAUAAAAUUCAAAUUUAUCAUUUAGGGAGAAAGUUUACCUUUCAAUGAAAUGAUUAGAACGUUGAAAGCCUAGAAAAGUUUUAUGACAGAGUUUGACGGGGUAAAAAAUGAAUUUUUUGAUUCAAAAAUGUUUUCCGGGCCAAAAAGUCGUGCUUGAAUCGGAUUUACAUUGGAAAAGAGUUGUCGUCUUGAGACCUAUGUUAAUUUUGCCUAUGCUCCUUUAACAACCUUCCUAUGCAUAAUCAUACGAAUCCUUCAAGGAGUUCCUGACAAAGUUAACUUUCAAAUUGCUUUUCGCGUUUUUUUAUCAGCCUGUUUGGACCAUUUUUGCUGUCUCUCAUUUUUUUUUUCAAUUUUUCUUGAGCCUUUUAAACCCUAAAAAAGCCUUUCAAACCCUGAAAACCAGCAAGAUUUCGGUUUCGAGUUAACAAGAGCUGCUGAAGGGGCUAUCCGACUGGAAAAACUGAAAAUCGGUGAAAAUGUAGGAAAUAAAUGAAGAAACUAACGAAAAAUUGAGAGAAACGGCUCUUUUGACAAUGUGGCCAGCUCUGAAGUUGACUACCUCAAAAAAAAAACCACUGAUUCCAGACUGUUUUCAUGCAAUCGCUGGUAGGACGAGGAAUGGCCGACGUGGCCACAAUCGGCCGCCGACAUUCGCCCUACGUCAUUAAUCGGGUCAAAGUCAAGGAGGAGAGCAAGUAUCUGCUGUUGAGAGAAGUCCAAAAGGCUUCGAGAAUCUUUUUCGAAGCUGAAAAUUGAAGGUGGACGUCCUGUCGCCCCAGGACGCCCUGGGGUCGGCGGAAACGGCGGCCGACGUCGUCGCCUUCCUCUACGACGUCUCCAACCCAGAUUCCUUCGCUUUUUGCGCCACUUUGUACCAGAAGUAUUUCUACAGGUUGGUAUAUGUUUUGGGAGCAUCGAGGAAUAGAAAAAAGGUGAUUAGGAACCUUUUUAUGUUAGUAUUUCGUUCAAGGACCUCCUGAUUCCAAGGCUAGAAAAAAUUUCUCACAGUAGAUCUUAUUUUCAGGAGGUCCUGAGGUAAACUCAGUCAAGUUUGAUUGGAUUUAGGCCAAGUUCAUUUUAUCUUCAGUCAAGUUUCAUCGAAAGUUCUACAGACCAUUUUUGAAAGGCCACCGACCCCUCUUCUCAAUUUUUCCUGAAUUAAAUCAAAAACUACCUCCUCGAGGCUGAAUCUCGUAUCAUCGUGGCCAAAACUACCUCCCGGAGAUUUUUUUUUCUAUUUUUCCAAAAUUCUUUUAUUCCAACCCCUUCUCCCGGGCUUAAUGAGCUUUGUACUUGCCGAUCUUCGUGAUCAGAAGAUGAUCUUGAGUUUUCCAGAACGAAAACUCCUUGCGUUAUCAUCGCCACCAAAGUUGAGCGGGAGGAGAUCGAACAACGGUGGCAGGUUCAGCCCGAGGAGUUCUGUCGGCAGUUCGAACUGCAACGGCCGAUCAAGUUUUCCAAUAGUCAGGUUGGCAUCUUGAAUAGUUCGAAUAAUGGCUUUCUGAGAGAAUAUUCUAAUAAGAAAGGGGAAGUGGGGCUUUCAAAACUUUGAAAGCGAAAAAAGCCGAAAAAAAAACGGAAGUUCUGACCAUUUUGAGAGGACUUUUUUUGGUGUAGAUGCAAUAAAAAUCGCCUGACACUUCUAAAGACCUUUUGUGUUCUCAAUAGGGACCGAAACCUUUAAAAGGCAGUGUUUAUUGGAAUUUCAAUGUUUUAGAAGAUCUUGAAGCCUUAUUAAAAGCCUGUGAAAAAAUCUUUUUUUUUUUUGAAAAAUUGAAGAAGUGAGCUUCAGAAAGGUUUUUGCAUUGUUUUGAUAGUAUUUGAUCUAACUUUUGUUCAUUGUUAGUGUACCUUGCAUAAUCUAACCAUCCAAAAUAUUAAAAUUCCAGAUCGGCGUGAGCGCAGGCAGCGUCUUUGAGCAAUUGGCGACGAUGGCCGUCUACCCGCACCUCCGACGCGUUUUCUACCUUCACGACUCGAACCUUCUCUCGAAAAUCACAUUCGGCGCCGCUCUGGUGGCUCUUGCCGGAUUUCUUGUUCUCAAAAAUCUGUAG